AUUAUAACCUUAACAAACGAAUGUUGAAUUGUUGAACCUGAAGACGAAAUUCAGAGUUCAGAGAAUUCUAUUUAUACAUAUUCCUAAGCUUUGAAUAUGACAAUGAAUAAAUUUUUCAAGAGUAAAUCAAAAAAAGAAUUAAAAAUUGAAUCAAAAAAAAGUUUAGAAGUUGAGAAAAAUAAGAGACAAAAAACCGAAAUGAUGGGCUCAGCAAUAGAAAAGUUAGCUUCAAACUUUCAUGGAGUAGUCAAUAAGGAUAUUAAUAACGACAACACUGGAGUAGAUGGAAAAAAUCAUGGAUCAUUGCAGCCAUCAACGCCAGGUACAAUAGAGAGACCCAAGAAAAUUCAUAAAGAAAAAAACCAAGUCGAUAAUAGAGAAACAUUUAAAAGAGUUGAAAUAAAAGAAACAUUAAUUACAAAACAAAGUAAAUUUUUAAUAAAAAAAGGGCCUGAUGAUAAAAUUGUAGUUGCUCGACAAACUCAAACUACUGAACAAUCAACAAAGUUUACAAAAAAUUAUUUAAAUGGUGAUCCACUAGAUGUUGAAGUCUCCAGUACGACUCAGGAUGAUCAAUUAACUCUAAUAAAUGUAUCAAAUAAUUUGGAUAAAGUUUCUAAUGAUUCCAAUGAUAAUUUGAGUUUAAAUAAUGAUUUAAAAACUUACAAAAAUGCACAAAAAGUAAUUGGUUUAAAUGAUACAAGUGAGUCCGACUCAACGAUACUAUUGAUGCCGUGUAAUUUAAAAAAGAAGAAGAAAAAUAGAAAUAGUAAAAAUAGUUUGUCAAAAAAUAAAAAACUUGCAUUGAAUAAUAAGAAGGUAAAUUCACUAGAAAAUAAAGAGUCAGAAAUUAUUAAAAGCGUGGAUCCAUUGUCUGACUCAGACCAAAAAAAUAAUUCUGAGCUUUCAAAAGAAAAUUUAUUGGAUAAAAAAAUGGACUGUAAAAUUCAGGGUAAAGAUGUGGCUGAUUCUGAUUCGACUUUAUCAUCAACUCCUAUUGAGUCUCAAAAUAUUACAAGGAUUGAUUCAGUUAAUGACUCUGAUUCAACUGUAUUUUUAACCCCCGUCGAGCAAAAUAAGAGUGUUGUAAAUGAGACACAUGAAGUCGAUUCAGAUUCAACUAUUUUUUUAACGCCAUCUAAUAAACCCAAAAAUCGCAAGAAAAUAAUGAAAGCUUCUGAUGAAUCGUCUGAAGAACCACCGAAAAAAAAAUCUAAAAAUAUUCAUACUUGUGAAAAGGUGAAUCAAUUGAAUGAAUCAAUUUAUAAAGUUCCAGCGAAAUUUUCAUCUAAAGAAUUGAAAGAAAAGUUUAUUAAGAUAGUUAGAGAGGAGAAAUUGAAAAAGAAAAUUGUAGCUAUUUUUAAGCAUGAAGGACCAGCUCAAACGGAAACGAAAACUUUACCUGCUUCAUCUCAAGAGCUGAAAGAUAAACUUGAUAAAAUUCUUGGAGAUGAAGGAUUAGUUGAUAAUAAUAAAGAGCCUAAAAUUGAUGAGCUUAGAGAAAAACUUAGUGAGAUGUUUGGAAAUGAUAUAUUGAAGAGUCAAAUAGAACCUCCACCUGCGCUUUCUAAUGAAGAAGUUCUUAAUAUUUUAAAACCUAAGCAAUAUGUUAAUACUGCUGUCGAUACUUCUUUAAGUGAAAGAGUUGAUUUAGUUGUGAAUAAAAAAGAAAAUUUACGGGUUUAUAAAUCCAAGGCAGAGAAGAAGAAAAGUUUGAAGAUAAAUGGAGAAAAAUUAUUUAAAAAAAUCAUACAAGAAAGUAAUGUUAAGAAUUCAAAAGUUGGUGAAGAAAAAGAAGAAAUGGGAGGUGAAGAAUUGGAAGAUACGUCAAAGUUAUUAGAUGAAAGUUUAUCUUUGAAUAAAAAAGAAAAUUUAUUUAUUAACAAACCCAAGACAGAGAAGAAGAAAAAUUCGAAGAUAAAUGGAGAAAAAUCAUCAAAAAAACAAGAUGAAAGUAAUGUUAAAAAGUCAAAAAUUGGUGAAGAAAACGAAGAAAUGGAAGAUGAAUUAGAAGAUACGUUGAAAUUAGAUGAAAGUUUAUCUUUGAAUAAAAAAGAAAAUGCAUUUAUUAAUAAACCCAAGGCAGCAGAGAAGAAAAAUUCAAAAAUAAAUAAAGAAAAAUCAUCAAGAAAGCGAGAUGAAAGUAAUGUUAAAAAGUCAAAAGUUGGUGAAGAAAAAGAAGAAAUGGAACAUGAAGAAUUGGAAGAUACGUCAAAGUUAUUAGAUGAAAGUUUAUCUUUGAAUAAAAAAGAAAAUUUAUUUAUUAACAAAUCCAAGUCAGCCGAGAAGAAGAAAAGUUUGAAGAUUAAUGGAGAAAAAUCUUCAAGAAAAAUUAUACAAGAUGAAAGUAAUGCCAAGAAUUCAAAAGUUGUUGAAGAAAAAGAAGAAAUGGAACGUGAAGAAUUGGAAGAUACCUUGAAGUUCUUAAAUGAAAGUAAUGAUAGUCAAAGCCGAGUACUAGAAGAGACAUUGAAGUUGCCUGAAAUUCCAGAGCUAGUUAGUUAUAAGAUGGUGGAAGUCGGGGAUUUGAAUCAUCAAAGCUACAACGAAGAAUCAGAUGAUGGGACGGAUUCAUCAUUUGGAAAGUUGGUAAUCGAUGAAUCUCCUAAUGAAACCACUGAAUUGCUGGACACUUCAAAUCUUAAUGAGAUUGAUUUUGAAAAGGAUUCAAUUGAUAAUGAAAAAGAUCCUCUGUAUGUUGAUAAUAGUGAUCAUCCGCUUGCGAUCUGUGUUCUUGAAGAUGAAAAUCAUUCUGAUGUUGCUCAUUCUGAACAACAACAUGUGAAUUCGUUGAAAGAAAAUAAUGAAUCAGAUUCUCGCGGGAGAUUGACUGAGACUCUAGUAGAUAUUUCUGAUAUUAGCGUGAAGAACUUUGAUAAAACUCGAGAAUUAUUAGUAGUAGUUGAGAGAGUUGAUGUUGAUAAAUUUAAAAGAAAAAAAUCUGUACAAGUGACUGAUAGCUUGAAGACUAGAUCAAGUUUAAAAGAGAAGAUUAGUUUGGCAAAUUCUCAAGCUGAUCUAUUUGAUUUGUGUUUGAAAAGAGAAUUGAAAGUAGAGUUAGAGAGAUUGCCUUUGAAAAUAAAUCAAAAUACUUUGAAAAAUAAAAAUAAAAUUAAUCUUACUGAGCCAAAAAAUAAAAUUGUUCGUAAAUUUAAUAAUUCACGUAAAAGAACUAAUAAGAUAAUUAAACAUAAAACUGUUAGGCAGAAUCAGAUACUUUUAAAAGAAGUUCGAAUUAUUUUAACUCCAAUUAAAUUGAACAAUGAUCAAAAUCUGAAAAAUAAGCAAACUAUUAAUGAAACUUUGAAUUCAUCUGCUGUUGAUAAAAAACUUACCAAAAAAACUAGAGAAAGCCAAAAUAAAAACAAAGCAAUGAUCCCUGUUUCAAAAUCAACUCGAAAACGUUUAGAAAAUUUAAAUUCUACAAAAGAAAUCAAGAAAAUUUCAAGGGUGAAAUCAAGCUCGAAAGUUGUAAAAAAUGCUUCAAAUAAUUUGACAAGGAACAGAAAAUUAAAAUCAAAUUUAAAAGCUAUCAAAACUAAAUCUAACUCAUCUAAUUUAAGUCAACAUCAAAAUUUGAAAGUUACUUUAGAAAGAAUUUCUACAGCUGAUUUAGUAAAGUGGCGCAAGAAGAAUUCGACACGUUCAAAAGUCACUCAACGAAGUAAAGUAUCAUCACAAUAGCAUGUAUCUUAAAGUAUGAAAAUAAAGUUAGCCGAGAUUAAAAAAUUUUUAGAAUUUUUUUUUAUUGAAAAAAUGAUUGUAAA